UAUAAUGAAUCACUUACAGCAACAGAAAUAUAUGAGAAGAGGUAUAUAAAACUAUUAUUCAAUGAAGGUGAUAUUUAUAUCAGAUCGCCUUGGAAAAUAGGAAAAAUAUAUGUUCUUAAAAAUUUGGCUAUUCCUGAUGAUGUAAAUUUGCUUGUAUUAUUUACGCAACACUCUUAUUUGAAUACUAUUAUUAUAAGAUUUAAUCUUAAAUCAUAUUGUGAUAUUGAUGUAUCUAUAAUUACUCAAGCACAGAGACAAUCAAUAGAGAAAUUGUAUAAACUAAUUCAAGAAGCAAAACACAUUAUCAUUAUGGAUAAUGAUCUUACUAAUCUUAAUAUCAAAUGGAUUAAAACACUUCGCAAGAAUAAACCAUUUUCAAUUAUUCAUAACAUUUACAAGCUUCAGAAAGAUUGGGCCAAGCAAACUUCCUUAUUACCUUUUAAAAAUCGUAAAAUAUAUCACUUAUUUGUCAUCUUACAAGGAAUUGUUCAUGCUUUCAAGACUAAUUUUCCAGAACUAAGGAUCAAGGAAUAUCACGGUAAAUCUGAUCCAAUAGAAAAGCUCAAGAUUUUAGUAAUGUAG